AUUUCGCCUUCUUUCGCCAUCAAAAUCUAGGAGACCAUGCAUUCAGCGAAAUUCGGCUGGCCGCAUUGCCGUGUAUAAUCUUCGUAGAGGAAGAAUAACAAGGAAGAAGCAACAAUGGACUCAGACUGUUACGUGAACGUCGAUGGCGUGCGGAUACCUAAGAUAUUUGGCGAGGAAAACUUUCGUUCGGCAGCCAAGUACAUCCCAAGAGAUGGAGACCUGUUCGUCGUCAGCCAUCCGAAAUGCGGCACGUCGUGGGUGGGUUACGGUAACUACUUCGACCAUUUGCUGCCGUGGUACGACAUCCGAGAAAAACACAACGUCCUGUUCAUCACCUACGAGCAGCUUAAAGCGGACACAAAGGGGCAGAUCCUCAGGAUUGCAGACUUCAUCGGGAGCGAUCAUGGAGCCAUCUUGCGAGAAGACACUAAUACAAUUAAAAAAGUCUUGGAUUCGUGCAGCAUGCAGAACAUGAGAAUCCUUCACAAUGAUGAUCCAGAGGAGAGAAUUAUAAAGUUUUCUGGUAUGUUUAAGAAUACGUCCACGACUCGUGACGAAUAUUCCUAUGUCACUCCGCCCGAGUCAAGGCAUGAAGGAUCGGGAUUCGUCCGAAAGGGAGCUGUUGGAGACUGGAGGAACCACUUCACUGCUAAGCAGAUUGAAAUUACAAAGGCGUGGAUUGCGGACAAAUGUAAGAACUCAACUGUCAUGCAGCUGUGGGCCGACCUGGACCUUCCAUGAUUCAUAGGUGAAAAAUGGUACUACAAUAAAGAAUAAAAAGCAGCG